CUUCCUCUUUAUAACUAUAUAAAGCAUACAUUUUCUCAAAUAUCAGACUUUUUUUUAAAAAAUGAAGUCUAUCAUACUGGUGUUAGCUCUCUGCUUGACCAUUCAAGAUUCUACGGGGGAAUUCAGCACCACAACUGCAACUGACAUUCAUACCGCCAUUUUUAACGCCUCUUACAACAAAUAUGUACGACCGUCUAAUAUCACGUAUGUCGGUAUCGAAUUUCAUCUGCUUUCAAUCAAUGAUAUGGACUUCAAAAGGCAGAUAAUGUCUUCCUCUGGCUGGCUAACGGUUACUUGGGAAGAUCCUCGGUUGACUUGGAAUCCCUCCGCCAAAGACGACAUAGAAUAUAUUUACACCAAGCAGGACAAAAUCUGGCGCCCAGAACUCAUCAUUGAUAACUCUGUCGAAGGAAUGAGUCCACUAGGCCAUGAUGAGAUAUUUUUCAAAGUGAAGCAUACCGGUGAGGUUCGCUGGGAACCGCCUGGGCUUUACGUCACUCAUUGUGAUUUCAACGUCCUUUAUUACCCAUUCGACUACCAGAUUUGUUCAAUUGAGGUCUUAAGUUUUGCCUUCACCAAUAAAGCCGUUGCUUUUAACAGUGUUUCAGAAAGCAGCAAAAAUUUAAAAAAGAACGGGGAAUGGGUUUUGCAUUCUUUGCGUGGAAACAAGCAAAAUUUGACGGAAAAUGGUGAAGAGUUUUCGCAGGUGGAAUUCAAGGUGAUCUUAAAGCGCCUGUCGAGAUAUUACGUUAACAACGUCGUUUACCCAGUGGUUGUAAUUUCUCUUCUGACAAACGUAGUUUUCCUUGUGCCAGCAGAAUCCGGAUGCAAGAUAUCCUACAUCCUGACGGUUUUAUUGACCCAAGCAGUGCUGCUAACCCUGAUCGGGAACAGCAUGCCAACAACGUCGAUCCAAAUACCUAUCAUAGCGAUGUACAUCUCCUUUGUUCUCCUGAUGGCUGCCUUGGCCACUAUCAUCACCACUCUAAACGUUUAUUUGUACCUCAGAACGGAUCAAAAAGCAGUACCAAGAUGGCUCAAGGCAUUCACUUUCGUUGUGCUUCUCAGAAUCAACUGUCGUAGCGCAAAGGUCAACGAAGAAGACAAAGGGAAUGUAGUUUCCAACGAGGACACGGUCAACGUGGAAGAAAGCAACGGAAAAGGCAAAACCCUGAAGCUCACGUGGAAUCGGUUACUGGCUCAAACCAAGGAUGAUGCCGAGUUUCCAUUUAAGUGCCAGGAAGUGUCCGCUUUCCUGGACUGUUUCUUUUUUUAUCUAUUCAACAUUGUCUUAAUUAUUACGACGCUGGUUUUCCUUGUAGUUUCAGCGGUAUCUGAUGUGCCUCCUUCAUAAAACACAAAUCGGUGAAUAAUAUCUUAACCGUUUGAAAUAAAGUAUAUUAAUAAGCCAUAAUUACGAGAAAAUAAGUUCUGUACAAAUGAUGAGGAUCGAUGCAAAAGCUAUGUCAGAAAUAUGACAAAAAGG